CGCGGCAUCGCGACGCCCUCGGUCAACCCUGCGCACUCCCGUCGCGACGUGAUCAAUUGGGGUGGAUUUGCACCGAGAACGACGUCCCAGUGUACUUGAGUGUCGUGCCGAAGAUUAAUUCUUUUGUAAUUGGUGUUGGUGAAUUUAAUAAAACAUAAAUAUGGCUUGCCUUGGUGAUUGCCUUGACCUAUCACCACCACCAGACGGAAUUUUGUUCAUGCCUCCUCCCCCAGCACCACUCUUUAUGUUUCCUGAUCUCGUGAUCAAUUCAAAUUCUACAAAUUGUGUUACUACUCAAACGUGCGAGGCUGCAGUCGAAUUUUUAAAUAAUAAGGGAAGUUUUAGAAAUAUGGACCGGAUUGAGUAUAAUGAUAUGCCUCGUAAAGAAACUGAGGCAAAAUGGAACGUUUCUGGAAUAGGCGAUACGUGGCUUUUAGCUUUAGUCGCUUCUACUAUUGGAGUUUUAAUCCUCGGAGCGCUUUUGGCGAUGUUUUUGCUAAAAUGUAGAGAAAUGCAUUUGAUCAAUAGCUCAGAGCAUUGCUCCCUGCAUACUAGGGACCUGCGUCCUAUAAAGAAUAUUGAGUCAAGGGAUUGCAACUCGCUUUCUAAUGGAAAUAGCAAACUUAUUCACCCCGUUAAUGCCAGCUUUUACACUCCAACCCCAAGUCUCCAAGAUAACCGGAUGGUUUGGGCGGCAAUUACUCCCAGAGGCACAGAGCAUUUUGUUUCCGAAAACUAUUCUAGGAACCUUAUGGCUUACGAGCCGCCUGAAAACCAUUACGAGAGCAUUGAACCAAGACCGCAUAAUAUCGAAAAUAAUGUGGCUUUUUACGGAGGAUAUCAUAAAGGUAUUUUUAAACCUUCUAACGGUAAACAAUUGAUUUUAAACGCAUUUUUGUCAGAGUAUGACUACGAUGACCCGACCCCUUUGAUCGAGAGCUAUCAGAUGAACGAUAUUGAAUAUGUUGGCGAUCAUCAGUAUCAAACCAUUGGUAAUACGGACAUGAGAUGUGCCAGCCUGAGGUUUAACCAAUAUCCAAUAAAACCGCAAUACCCGACCAUCAUGAAACCGAAAGUGUCUCAACCAACCAGAAUCGAGCACCCCAACUUACCACCCCUAAAUUUAAAUCCUAACCAAAGAAGUGCUAAUAACACUUUAAAGAAGAAUAAUACUGGUUACAGGACUAUGGAUCCUGGCAGGCACUCUAAAUAUGGCCUUUAAGCAGCUUUUGAUAAUUUUGUUGAUUUUGUUUUGUUAUAAUUUAUCUGUUUUUAGUAAUUAAGUAUGUAUAUUUUAAGAAGUUUCACUACAGGGAAAAUUUGAAGUGAUACAUUUGGUUUGCAGGAGCAAAUUUGGAAUUAUCGCCGGGAAUGAUUUUAAAAAAAGUUAUAUAUUUUGUAUUUUGGCUACUUUAUCUAAAUUUCUUCUAUAUCUUUUAAUUUGUGAAAUUCACAAUAGAUAGUUUGCAACACAGAAACCAAAAAAUCAUUUUUAUACUACUAGACUAUAUACCUUUAAGCACAUUUACUAUGUGGGCAUUAAUUUUAAGAAUUUCUGAAUAUGUUGAACUGAACUUUGUCUAUAAUUAAUGUGUUAGAAACAGGGUUUUAUAUAAAGAAGAAACCACAGUAGCAUAUAAUUUAAACCAUUUUCUAGUUCAUUUAGUUAGGUGUUGUAGCUUGUAAACGCGCAGUAUAAUUAAAUAUUUUGUACCUAUUUAAUAACUAUUGUGAUGUAUGUUCCUUAUAUUUAUUUAAGAAUUUUAAUACACAUAUUGUGGUAGUACUUUGCACCAUUUUUCCAAUAUACUUCUAUACUAAUAAAAGUAUUUUUUUCUCUUUCAACUUGGA